AUGAAUAAAAUGAUGUUACAACCGUUGCUUUGGUUGAUAUUUAUGAGAGCGGUUGUCUGUCAUGUUUAUAAUGCUGUCGAAACUGAAAUGUUUUCUAUACCCAUCAGUCCUAAUUUAUUCAACUGGACUUAUCAAGAGUUUGAUCAGCAGUACCGUUUCCACGCGUCUUUGAUCGGUAAACCUGAGUUACCGAUGUGGCUUCGUUAUAUCUACAGCGGGAGACAUCACUCGGGAUUCAUUUUUGGUACUCCGCCACGAAACACUGAAUCUCCUAUUACGUUAGAAGUGAUAGGGUUGAACCGUCAGGAUUAUGAAACCCGUCGGGUGCUGCUAACCCUGAAGGUUACUCCUAAGGAGAAGAUGGCGCGCCACGAGGUCGAGUUCAAGAUAGACAACCUCAAUGUUGAAGAUCUACUUGAUGAACAUAGAAUGACUCGUCUGAAGGAUAUUCUCCGUACUAAGUUAUGGUUUGAGAGCAGCGAGGACCUGUAUCCAACGUUUCUUGCAUCAGCUAUAGAUUUAGGAGCUCGGUUGCCGUUGAAGCCCAGUGAUGGAGAAGGUCUAGUGAUACGUCUUGGUAGUUCUCAUCCGUUUUCAUCAGAGAUGAAGCGUCUUAGAGAGGAGGUACGUCCUCUCAGCAGACUGCCCAGUUGUCCGAGGGAAUAUAAAAGAACUACUGUUGAACGACUCUUCAGGGACGCAGGGUUCACACUAGACUGGUGCAACUUUGAACUGUACAACACAAUAUACGGUCCAAAAUCCACGGAGCAUUUAGAAUAUUUAACAGAGAUCCCGUCGCCUAUAAGUCGGGUUAGGUCUGAAAGUCGCCAAGUGUGGACAGCGCCUAAUAAACAAUCCUUACCAACUAGAAGUUACGCUAAACAAUUAACAGCAGCUAUUGUGGGACCAUUGAUUCUGCUGCUGCUUUCAAUAGCAGCAUUAACUGGAGUGCUGUGCUUUCAUUAUGCUGCUAUAAGAGAUCCCGAAUCAGAUCUAUUCUUAGACGGCAUUUACCAUAUAUGUGAAGAUUAUAGAAACAGAAGAGCGCACAAAUCAUCUAAUGUUGAAAUAUGCAAAUAUGGUACUGGCAACACCGAGCAAACUCAAUUAGCUGACAACACCAGCACUAAAAGUUUAGGAAUCAGUCCGAACAGCAGUCUAGCGCGGCCGUAUAGUCCAAAAUCGACUACAAACUUAGCCGGCAGCUACAAUCGACCUCAACCACCGCCCUACGGAACCCUACAUCACAGAAAACUAGACAAAACACCCGACAAAAGAUCACAUUCACUAGAAGAAUCAUUAAAAUUACUAAACGAAGCUAACAUAGCUACAGAGUAUGAAAGAAAUCCGAUUAUAGACUACGCGGACAGCACAGACGAUUAUAUAUCAAUAAAACCAGAUACAGAUUAUAUUAUUACCAAAAUGCAGAAUGAUUUAGACGACAUAGUUGUUCCUGAACUGGCUAAAUACGGGAUAUCCGGUAUAGGGCCGAUUUGA